UUGCAGUAUAUAACGGGAUACCUGCGGCUAUAAGGGUAGGAAAUCAUCCGGGAGUCAGCGUAGAAAACACUGCUGGUAUUUUAACACGAGCAUUGUACUGAAUCCCCGUCCCGCUGUCCCCGUAAACACCAUUGUGCUUUUCAUCUGCCACAUUUGCAGCAGCAGCAGCAGGGAGAUUUCCCCUGCAAUGGGACUGCUGACCCAGCGGCCGCCCGGACAAUGCGACGGGCGCUCCCAGGCAGCACAAAGCCCCCCUUCCAGAAAGCCGUCGCACAAAGCCGAAAUCCCAGGCGAGCCCCAUCCUGCUGGGCUCGGCACAUCCCUGCCGCCAGUGCGGGGCCAGGCGGCCGGGCUGAGCGGCGGUGCUCGGCAGGCUGGAGCGACAACAUGCCCUUGCCGAGGCGCCGGUCGUCCUUCCUGGGGCAGCAGCCCUCCACCUCGGCGGCGGAGAGCUCGGGGCCGCCCGGCCGCCGGGUGAGCGUCGGAGGCGGGGGGAGCCUGUCGAGACCCCCCGGCGUCUACGUGGGCACCGUUCCCACCGGCGGCGUGAGCAGCCUGGGCACCCGAGUGUCCCGUAGAGCCCUGGGCAUCAGCAGCGUCUUCCUCCAGGGUCUCCGCAGCUCGGCCGCCGCCGUGCCCCUGGCCCCGGGGCUGGAUAAGGGCAGGGGUCUCUCCUACGAAAGCCUGAAUGGCUGCUUGGUGGAGUACAUCGAGAAGGUGCGAGCUCUCGAGCAGGUCAACCAGGAGCUGGAGGAGCACAUCAGAGUCUACCUGGACAAGAAGGCGGCCAGCGUGAGCAGCUGGGGAGCGCUGCGGGAGAACUGGGAGGCGAUUUACCACCAGGUGGGUGAAGCAGUCCUUGAAAAUGCUCGUCUUAUGCUGCACACCGAGAAUAUUCAAGCCUGUGCUGAAGAUUUCAAAGACAGGUAUGAAAAUGAGCAGCCAUUCAGAAAGGCAGUGGAAGAUGAAAUUAAUUCCCUAUAUAAAGUGAUUGAUGAUGCUAAUUUAACUAAAAUGGAUCUGGAGAGUCAGAUAGAAAGCAUGAAGGAAGAACUAGCUUUGCUGUCAAAGAAUCAUGAAGAAGAUGUGAAGGUAUUAUACAAGCAGCUUGCUGGAUCUCAGCUGGAAGAACUUGAUGUUCCCCUGGGAAGUGGCCUCGAUGACAUUCUGGAAAAAAUCAGAAUCCACUGGGAGAGAGACAUUGAAAAGAAUCGUGCUGAGACAGGUGCCCUGCUCCGUACCAAGCAACAGGCUGAGACGACGGCUGCCGUGCGAACCCAGGAGGAAGAGCUGGUGGAGGGCCUCAGAACCGAGUUCCACGAAACUGCCUGCAAAAUACAGAGCUUGCAAGCAGAAACCGAAUCUUUGAGAACCUUGAAGAGGGGUCUGGAGAACUCUUUAUAUGACGCCAAGCACUGGCAUGACAUCGAAUUGCAGAACCUAGGCUCUGUCAUUUCCAAGCUGGAGGCAGAGAUGGGAGAAAUCAAAGUAGAAACCGAGCAGCAGCAGAGGGAUCGUGAAAACCUGCUGACUAGCAAACAACAGCUGGAGAAAGACAUUGCUGCAUAUCACUGCCUCCUGGAUGGAGAGCAAAGCAGGUACUUAUCCUUAAAAGGAUGGAGAACAUGCUCCCCGGGAAGGGGUUGUGAGGUUGCUGGAAGCAGAACUGGGGUGCUUCUCACAUUUCAUAAGGCUGGCUGGUAGAUGGCGAGGUUUGGAGAAGCUGCCAAAGGGGGAGAACACACCAAAUCCCAUCAGAGAUUCCUAAUGUAUUGGAGAUGGGUGGUUUCCAGCACUACCACAGAAGGACAUAGUUUGGGAACAUGCCAUGAGUUUCACUUCUCUGAAGGUCUGAGAUGUGACAUUAC